AUGGAGCUCGUCCACGGAAAUCAACUAUCUUACGAAGAUGUGGGGUUGACGCACCGUGGCUCUGGCAUCGCAUUCAAACACCUCUUCUUGGGCCCUGAAAAUACACCAGGAAACUAUCUCCUCAGCAUCUCCCGCCAGCAAGUCUUCCACUCGCCGAUCCACCGUCAUAACUUUGACCAAUUUCGCUUCGCAUACCGCGGGGAUGUAUCUAUAUCCCCCGACGUUAUCCUUCGCGAGGGCGAACUGUGCUACCAUCCGGAAGGAGUAUACUAUGGCCCCCAGAAUGACACAGAGGGGGAGCGAAAUGUGCUUAUACUCCAAUUUGGUGGUACCAGUGGCCAAGGCUACCUCAGCUUUGCGCAGAUGAAAGAGGGCCAUGAUGAUUUGAAGAAGCAUGGCCAUUUUGAGGGCGGGAAAUUCUACUCCGCUGCAGGAGGAGAGCCUGUCGAUGGCUACGAAGCGAUCUGGCGCCAUACCUCCGGCAGGUCUCUCAGCUAUCCUGAGCCACGGUAUCAUUCGAUUAUUGUAUCGAAACCAAAGAACUACCAGUGGGUCCGAUCGGAGGGCAUCAAUGCUGAUGUGAAAACAAUGGGUGUUUUCACAGAGCGGGAGACUCGGGCAGACCUGAUCAGAGUAAAAGCAAACGCCCCUGCCAAGCUCGCCGGACAGGAUGCGGUACAGCUGCUCUUUGUUUUGACAGGCAAGGGCAAAGCCAAUGAAGAUGCUGUAGAAACUGAAUCGGCGAUUCGUUUAUUGCCUUCUAUUGGAGUGGAGCUUUCGUCGGACUCGGAGCUGAUAUUGGUUCGCUUUGUGCUGCCUACUCUACAUUGA